UAUAAAAAGUUAUUUUGUUGGAGAAUGGCUGAAAGUAGGAUAAUGAAUGCAAUACAUGAGGUCAAUGGAAUUUAUAAUAUGGCUGAGGGUGCGAAGAGAGAAGGGAAUUUAAGUGAAGCGAUAGAGUUUUAUGAUAAGGCAGGAGAGGCAUAUCUUGGGGUUGUUCAAGUGUGUGAAAAUGAGGAGGGUGAUGAACCAGAGCUUAGGAAGAGGAUGGAGGUGUUUUCUGAGUCUUGUAAGCGGGAAGUUGAUAUUUUGAAGCUUAGAGAGGAGCUUCUAAAUAAUUAUGGAGAGAGCUUGCAGAGUAAUUCCUGCAACUUUAGUUAUUUAAAGUCAAGUUUUCGUCACUCUGAAGGCAUGCCUCCAAGCGAUCCUGAUAAAAACAGCAACAAUAAUCAAGGGGAACUUAUUAGAGUCAAGCUCUGGCUUGAAAUCAUGAAGGAAAAAUUUAUGAAAAGACUAGACUCUUUAGAGGAAGCAUUUCUCAAGCUUAAGUUACAAUACCAAAGAGAUAUUAAAUUUGUAUUAAAUGAUCCUUCUCUCACUGCCAAAGAUAUAAAUCUUAAAAAAGUCGACAUUUGCAUGGCAGACAUGAAGAAGUACAUCGAUAAAGUUGUAGAUUCAUCAAGCAAAGACUUUAAAAGGGAGAUUUCUCUGUUGAAUUUGUCCAUUCGUUGUACACCUUUACAUGCUUCAUUGAUGGUAAAAGAUAAUCCAGCCUUGAUAGAAGAGGAAUGUGUUAAUAUAGAAGGGCUCCCUCCAGGUAUUACAAUGGAAGUAAUGGAGAUGUAUUUAAACGAGAAGUCGCCUCCUUUAUUUGUAACUUACGAAAAAUAUGCUGAUUACAAACAUCAUUGCGAAAGAAUUAAGAAAAAGUUAAAGAAAACUAAGGAAGCAUAUCAUCUCCUUCUUAACAAGCAAAACUGUCUCAUACAAGAAAUGGAGAAGUUGAAGAGUUAAGUUGAUUUUCAAUAUAGUCAGGAUAA